AUGUCUUCAGCGGAAACUCAACCCGACUUUAACCCUAAUGACACCAAACAAGACGAACUGAGAAAGCUUCUCAUUGCCAUGAUGAUUGUUCCAACGGUAGUGGUACUCGUUCGAGCCUGGUCUAGGGCUCUAAUGACACCGUCUGCCAUGUCAAAAACCCCUAACAAGUUCUGGUGGGACGACUGGACGGCGUUUGCGGGUGCGGUGCUAAAUAUCGCAGUUUGUAUAAUCGGUUUGAAGCUACUUGAUCUUGGCCUUGGACUUCAUGUUCAAGUAAUACCGCCGGAAAAUGUCAAGCCGUUUCUAAAGUUACUCUGGGUUGUCUACUACAUUUUUGACACUGGAACUGCUGUGUCCAAAUCUUCAGCUCUUUUUUUCUAUGCUCGCGUUUUCGGUUCAACGAACUCUCGGUUCAAGUAUGCAUUGUGGUUGGUGCAUGCUAUGAAUGUCAUAUGGCUCGUCACGAUCUUGCUAGAUGUCACAUUCAUGUGCACUCCUAUCGCAAAAGCCUGGGAUACCACAUUAGACGGGCAUUGUCUUAAUACUGGCCGCUUCUGGAUGGGUAGCGGUAUAACCAGUCUUAUUAUCGACAUUAUUAUCCUGGUGAUGCCCAUGCCGAUGUUAUGGAAACUGCACAUGAAGACGAUACGUAAAAUUCAGAUUUUAGGAGUCUUCAUAUGCGGAUACCUCGUCGUUGUGGUAUCCAUUGGUCGCCUUGUCACCAUUAUUCAAGCUGGUGACGAAGUUGAAAAGGACCCGACAUACAAAAUUUCUACACCAAUUCUCUGGUUAGGUUCGGAGAUCGCCAUAUCCAUCAUCAGUGUUAGCCUCCCGAGUAUAUUUUUCCUAGGCCAACGAGUUUACCGCCAUGGUGCUUCGAGUCUUCUCAGCACCAAUUCUCCUCACUCUAAGACUGGACUUUCAAGUAAUCAUCGCCCAUUUCACGACGAAGACGGAGAUGAACUCGUCAGACGGUCGACUGACUCCCUUCAUAAACACCCUGAAAGCCUCUCCGAUGCGAACCCAUAUCUUACACAAACCAAGGCAACUGCACAGUUUACAGGGACUGAAGAGAGUAUCGAACAUACUCAGCAUGCUGGGAUUCAUGUUCGUCAUGACGUUAUGGUAGCAUAA